GGUAAUGCGGGACUCGAUUAUUUCCGCCGUGAAAAACAUCAGCACUGCCGCAGCCCGCAGUCGCCGUUUCUGUUUCAACAACGAGCAUCCAUUGGAGGAAUCUUUCGAUUCACAUUUCACGUCCAUCGUCUCUCCGAUACAUCUGUCGACCUAUUUUGUCACUGACGCAAAAUUCAAAAAAAAACAAAACAAAAAAACAAAACAAAUUGAACAAACAAAAUCGGAACGCGCAUUUUGAACUGGCAUCGAAUUGGAUGCAACGAGUGAAAAGCGUGAUCGUCGCCUAACCGCAAACGCGCAAUAACAAACGUGAAACAAAGAGGGUGAAAAAAAUAAAAAAAAUAAAUAACACACAAAAAAACUCCUGAAACAUCAACAACGAAAUCAUGAGAACGGCGGCGUUUGGUGCAAAAAGAAAAGAAUCUUCUCAACCGCGUCCCGAUUGGCAAGGCAGGAACAAAAGGAUCGCCUAAAUGUCGUAUAAACAUCCGCUGCUGAUUUCCAGGAAAACGUGUUUGUGGUCGGCACCGGCGUGCCCAUUUCACAAUGGCUCUAUUUAGCAAAUAAGCGAGUGCAAAAGGUGUGAGAAAAAGAAAAGUGCGCGGGAAAAUUUCGGGAUUUCAAAAAAAAAAAACAAAAAAACAACAAAAUAAAAAAAUUGACAUCACGUUGGAAAAGAGGAAACAAACAAAGUGAGACAUGUCGGAAAACAGAGGUCACCAUCAUAGAUCCAUGUCUAUGAGGGACAGGGACCAUCACCACGUGAUACAUCAUCACCGGGACCCGCGUUUGAGAAGGGGCUACCUGCCACCUGCCGGUCCCGAUCCCGAUUCGUGGUUUUAUAAGUUGAAAGAAUUCGCUCGUAAAUUGAUUGCGUUCCUGUUCGGUCACGUGGGCAUUUGCGGACUGGUCGUCGGUUACAUCAUCAUGGGAGCGUUCGCUUUCAUGGCCAUCGAAUCAGAGGACCAGAAACGACAGUACGAGGAUGUGGUGCGCGUCCGCGAGGCUACCAUUCAAAAUUUAUGGAACAUCACGCACCAACUGAACGUUCUGUAUCCGAGCGAAUGGAACGAAUCGGUAUCCAUUCAAGUGCAGCUGUUCCAGCAAAAAAUAGUUCAAUUCGUCAUGGAAGGCUAUGACGGCAAAAAUUACGUCAACCAAACGCGAUCUCAACAGAACGGAGCAACAGAUGCCGGCGGAGGCGACGCUGCAACAACGGGCGCUUGGUCCUUUUCAGCCUCUUUCCUCUACUGUCUCACAGUCAUCACAACCAUCGGUUACGGCAAUAUCGCUCCGCGGACUGUGAUGGGCAAAAUGGUGACGAUCGUUUACGCAAUGGUGGGCAUGCCGCUGUUCCUGCUCUACGUCUCAAACAUGGGCGAUUUCCUGGCCACGUGUUUCCGAUGGGGUUACGUCAACCUGUGCAAGUGCACCUGUUUCAGUCGGCCCGUCCAUCACGGCGCCCAGCGCGGAGCCAGGCGGAGGAUUAGCCAACGAUCGGGAGCCGCCCGGCAAGAUUUAAUCCAGCAACAACAGCAAUACGAUCCCGCCGCGUCUAUCCAUCAGCGGCGAAUAGGUGGCGCUGAUUACGACAUCGAAUUGCAGCCAGGUGCGCCUUACGACGCUAUCCAUCACGUCGUUUCCGUCCAUCCAGCUCAUCAGCCAGCACCUCAGCCGGACUAUCAGACGGCCACCGUGCCCAUCACUAUCUCGCUGACGGUGAUGGUGAGUUACAUGGUCGGCGGCGCGGUCCUGUUCCAGCAAUGGGAAACCGAUUGGGACUACCUGGACGGCUCCUAUUUCUGUUUCAUCAGUUUGAGCACGACGGGCUUCGGAGACUUGGUGCCCGGCGACAAGAUAAACAGCUCGUCCGGCGUUGAACUGUCGCUCAUUUUUUGCUCCAUGUACCUCAUCAUUGGCAUGGCUCUCAUCGCCAUGUGUUUCAAUCUGAUGCAGGAGGAAGUCAUCGCCAAAGUACGUAAACUUGGCCAACUUCUUGGCUGCAUUAAACCUGGCGAAGAAUAACACAAAUUUAUUUCAUUUUUAAUUCUAAAAUUAUUGUCAUUUUUCCUCUUUACCCUUUUUUUCUUCUUUGUGCCAUCUUUUGAUUGUGUUCCUUUUUAAAUGUUCCAUCAUUCGAUGAAAAAAAAAUGUCCGAAAUUACAUCAAUAAAAAAAAAAGAGGAGAUUGAAUUAAACAAAAGAAAAACAAUAACUUUAGUUUGUACCUGGGACUAUCACAGUUGACACUUGGGAUUAUCAGCGGAGGGCAAACGGCGCAAACGCGCCACCCGACGAAUUCGCCCUCCGCCGUAUUAGGUGCAAAGUAAAACAUUCUCGGGCUUCAGUUGCGACCGGAUCGUCAACCAAAGUCGACGACAUCCGUUUUCUUUUUGUUUUUGUUAUCUCCCCUUUUUUCACAUCCGUGUUGUCAUCUGACUUCCGUUUUUCCCUGAAAAAAAAAAAAGUGAAAAAAAUUUUUCAUUCAUUUUCGAUCUUAAAAAAAGACAUUUCACUCUCAUUCUUUUAUUGUGAAACAAAACCAAACAACAACAAAAAAACUGUGAAAAAUUGCCAAAGGCUUUUGUGCUGACGGGAUUCCUUCUUUUGAUGAGCUAAUUCCUAACCAAUUUCCUUCAUCCCUAUUGGAUGUAAUCUUUAAUCUCAGUGUCGUGAAUGCGAAAAAGAAGAAACCGUCACGUCAUCCUUUCGUAGAGAGCCUCUAUUGGACAAUGGGCAACUGUUCUGUAGGCUUCGUUCAAUAACAAUCGGAAUAACAAGAACAAAAGGCAAUUGGAGUGCCCUGUUUCUCCCUCUACAUACAAGAGAGAAACCAAACAACAGCUCGAAUCGUUGCACGUACACAGGAGCGGAAAAAGGGAACCGGUUUCGUCAACCGGUGACGGAUGCGACACAAAAAUAUACAAGAAAAAAAUAAUAAAUGCUUCUUUUUUUGUUGUUGAUGUUAUUUGAAGAUGGUUGCGCGCCCAACUAUUAAAUGAAAUGGCUCGUAAAAAAAAAAA